CCCCUUGAUGGUCCUAAGAGAGAGAGGGCCCUGGUUCUCUUUUCAAGGGUGUGUGCCCUAGGGCAAGCCCCAGGACGGGGCCCAAGCCCCUCUACAUGGGUCUGGCUUGUGAACCCCCUUGUUAGUGGGUGUUUGGAUCCAGGGUCCUGGUUCCGGCGGGCAGUGGCUGGCCUGCUCUGACCCUGCUGAGCACGUGCUUCUGGCCAAGUGUAACUCCAGCUGCGCGGCUCGGUGGAGCAGGAAAUAACAAGCAAACCACAGAGGAGACGGGAAAUGAGUUGGGUAAAAUUGGAGCCACUUUCUCAGGGGCUGCAAAUCCUGUGCACUUGGCCUGAGGACAGCGCGGAGCCUGGGGGUAGGGGAGGCCUGGGCCACCUGGCCCCUCCUAGAGCUAGAGCCGAGGGUCUGUGCAGGGACGACCCCAGCUCUCCUGGUACUCUCAGCACCAGAGCUCUUAAAACCACACACAGUCUGUGCACGUGCCUGCUUUUCCCCACGGCUUAGCACCCCCUGGGAGUUGGGCAAGGCUCCCACCGCUUCCGAUGCUCCCACAGGACCUAUCUAUCUCCAAGUCAGCCUGCUCUCCCCACAGACAGAUCACUCACAACUCCCCCGCCCUCCCACGUCAGUGUCCCUUUGAUGGCCAGGCUCCCUGCCUUGACAGAACAUCUGCGUGACUCCGGCCUGGAGCCUGGACAUGGCAUGUGAACUGCGAAUAGCUCGGCCAUUGCCUGCUAUUAUUAUUUAUCUGUAGUACCUAGGAGCCCCAGUCAUGGGCCAGAUAUCGCAAGGGGCCAGACUUAGCCACAGCAGCCUGGCAGCAUUUGGCCACCAACUUCAACCUGAGGAUUAAGGCAAAAGACAGAGUGGAAAGGAAGCAUGUUCCAGGCCAAGGGACCAGCCAGCGCGACCUCCACUCACGAGGCAAAGAGCACCUCCGGCGGCAGUACGGUGCAGCGUUCCAAGUCGUUCAGCCUGAAAGCCCAGGUGAAGGAGAUGUGCGUGGCCUGCCAAAAACCUGUCUACCCCAUGGAGCGGCUGGUGGCCGAUAAAUUUGUCUUCCAUAACGCCUGCUUCUGCUGCAAGCACUGCCAUGCCAAGCUCAGCCUGGGCAGCUACGCGGCGCUGCACGGCGAGUUCUACUGCAAGCCCCACUUCCAGCAGCUGUUCAAGAGCAAAGGCAACUACGACGAGGGGUUCGGGCGCAAGCAGCACAAGGAGCUGUGGGUGCACAAGGAGGUGGAGAGCGGGACCAAGACGGCGUGAUGGGGCCCGUUCCUGCCCCCUUCCCCCCCCGCCCCAAACCCAGAAGGGGCAACGUGGAGCAUAACGCUGAACCGAGGGCUGACUGAGCUGGUGUAAAGCAAAGGCGACCCGCAGAGCCGGCUGGGGUCAGGCGGACGCCACUUGGCUCCAAGCAGCCCUGUGGCCAGGGUGGGGUGUCCUUUGGCGGGUGAAGGACCUGACUGGGGCAGGAGGGUUCAGGGAAGCGCAAGGCUCAGUGGGGACGGUUGGAGGGGGCUGACCUGAAUCGAGCAUAAGCCUGGAGAGCAGGUGCUCGGUGGGAGAUGGUCAAGGCUGGCCUGGGCAUAUGUUGUGGUUCUACUACUAUCUAUAGGGGCCCCCCCUUACAGAAAUCGGGGAAGAGCCACUGGACGCCCACCAGACGAGCAUGCAACGUGCACUACCUUUAACCCCCGUCCCCAUUCACGAGGCCCAGGUAUCUGCUGCUCUGGAGAAGGGGGCAGCUGGAGUCCACAGAACCAGUGCCGUGGUGUCAACCCCCACCCACUCCCGUCCUGCCUGCUGGUGCUGGCGGGAGGGGAGAGAAGCGUGGGGGGGUGUCGCUCUUUGGUUUGCAGCAGCUCAGGUCAGCUGGGGUUGAUCAGCCCUCACGAUGUUGCCCUGUGCCUGUUUAAAGUUGUCUGUCUGGUUUUUCUAUUUGCUGUUGAUUGGUACGUUCUGCACCAGAGCCCGGGCUGGCAGCUUGCCGCACACGGCCCUGGCCACGCGCUUGUUUUGAUUAUUUUUGUAAUACAAGGUUUCUGAGCCUU